UCCUUCUCAUCCUUUUUUGUAUUGAAUUAUAUUACUCUCAACUGCAUUACUUACUAUUUUAUCAUGAAACCGCGUCUGAACCAGUGACUUUUCUUUGAAUCACUGGCGUUCAAACUUCAAAGUCGAAGGCUUUGAUUCCAACGAGAGGAAAAAACGCAAUACCCAAAUCAAAAGGCGUCUUCUUUACCAUGGUUUCGCUUCCUUCUUUCGAUAUCUAUUGAAAGAAAGACUCUUCUUUCGCAUCAAGAACUGCGCUUCUCUAUUUUUCUUAAGCUUUCUUGGGUUUUUUUUUUUUAAUCUCCGUGAUAGCAAAUUGGGUUGCUUUUUCUGUUUCUGGGUUCGUCUCGUGAUAUCCUUCGUACAUUUCCUUAUCCCCUUUCUCCUCAAGUGCAUUCAUUUGUUGUUUGUUGUUUGUUGUAAAGACACUUCUUCCUCUCAUUUUUUCCCCUCACUUCCCAGAAAAUCCACUUCUCCAAGCCCUUAAUUUGGUUUCUCUUUCUGGGGUUUUUGUGUUUGAAAGAAUUAGAUUGAUUUUUCUGUUUCUGAGUUUUCCCUUCACGAGUUCUUUUGGACGUGGGGAGUUCUUGAUUUUUGUUUCCCAAAGUACUUUAUAUCGUUUUUCUCUAGGAGAGAUAACUGCUAUGUGUUACAAGGUUUAUCUCCUUUUGGUUCUUCUUUUUGCUGCCUCUGGAACAUUUGAAGCCACUGGCAGCAUCCAUGACCAUACAAGGAAUCUCGAUUCCAAUUUCUCCUCUCUUGCUGGAAUUGAGUUACCUGAUCAGAUAUUCAAUGCAGUUUCUUCUUCAACAAGCACCGGUUGCAGUCUCAAGUCCUCGAAGAAAUCCAAGAUAGUAGAAAUUACUAGUCUUUCUAAAGAAGAUAAUGUCAACGAAGAAACUGAUCGAGAGAAUGCAAUAUCAGAGGAAAGCAAUAAACAAACAGUGAGGCUGCACUUGAAGCACCGACCAAUUGGGAAAAAAUCGGAGGCUAAAGGUUCUGUGGCUGAGUCCACAGUAAGAGACCUGACUAGAAUUGAGACUCUUCAUACAAGGAUCACAGAGAAGAAGAACCAAAACACCAUUUCAAGGCUAAAAAAGGGUAUGAAGCAGCCAGAAAAGGAUAUUAAGCGAGUGGUUGCCCCAGCAGGCUCACCAGAACGUAGUGGAUUCUCUGGGCAGCUCAUGGCCACUUUGGGGUCAGGUGUGAGCCUUGGCUCUGGAGAGUACUUCAUGGAUGUCUUUGUGGGUACACCUCCUAAGCACUUUUCUCUGAUUCUUGAUACUGGCAGUGACCUUAAUUGGAUUCAAUGUGUGCCUUGUUAUGAUUGCUUUGAGCAGAAUGGACCUUAUUAUGAUCCUAAGGAUUCCAAUUCAUUUAGGAACAUAGGCUGCAAUGAUUCGAGGUGCCAUUUGGUUUCAUCACCUGAUCCUCCUCAGCCUUGCAAAGCUGAGAAUCAAACUUGUCCUUAUUUUUAUUGGUAUGGCGAUAGUUCUAAUACAACUGGGGAAUUUGCUCUGGAGACGUUUACAGUUAAUCUCACGUCUUCUACUGGAAAAUCCAAGUUCACGAGGGUCGAGAAUGUGAUGUUUGGUUGUGGUCACUGGAAUAGAGGGCUAUUUCAUGGAGCUGCUGGUUUGUUAGGACUUGGGAGAGGGCCUCUCUCAUUUUCCUCUCAGCUUCAGUCACUAUAUGGUCACUCCUUCUCAUAUUGUUUGGUGGAUAGAAAUAGUGAUGCCAAUGUCACUAGUAAGCUGAUUUUUGGAGAGGACAAGGACCUCUUGAACCACCCAGAAUUGAAUUUCACUUCAUUGGUUUCUGGGAAAGAAAACCCAGUUGAUACAUUCUAUUAUGUCCAGAUAAAAUCAAUCAUGGUUGGUGGAGAGGCUCUCAAGAUACCAGAGGAGACUUGGCAGUUAUCUGCUGAUGGUAGUGGUGGAACUAUCAUUGAUUCGGGUACUACACUGAGUUAUUUUGCAAAACCAGCUUAUGAGAAAAUCAAGGAGGCCUUCUUGAAGAAGGUGAAAGGCUAUCCAUUGCUAAAAGACUUUCCUAUUCUUGAACCUUGUUACAAUGUAUCAGGAGUUGAGAAGAUGGAGGUGCCCGAUUUUGGGAUACUGUUUGCAGAUGGAGCAGUGUGGAAUUUUCCAGUGGAAAACUACUUUAUCCGGCUGGACAAGGAUGUUGUUUGCUUGGCGAUUAUGGCAACUCCACAAUCUCCUCUUUCGAUAAUUGGCAAUUAUCAGCAGCAAAACUUUCACAUCUUGUAUGACACUAAGAAGUCAAGGCUGGGAUAUGCACCAGCAAAUUGUGCUGACAUUUGACAUUGUUGAAGGGCUCAAAAGUGGUAGGAGGGAACCCGUAAACACAGUGUUUCGGUAGGGAUAUAUAUAUAUAUAUAUUCUUUGGUUUUUCUUUUAAGAUAGAGGUGAAAUACACAGAUUAGAUUCAUUGUUUUUCUUUCUUUUGAGGUUAAUGACUCGUGUAUUGACAAAGGAUGCAGCAAUUUUCAACUGCAUUUGUAUGCAUAAUUUACCUCUUCAUUUUGUUACUAGCAAAGAAAACAGGGUUAAGUAAUAAAUCCCAAAUUGCAAAUGCUCUUCUAUGCAUUGCUUUGC